UUUUGCAGCUUCGAGAUUACCCUCCUACCCCCGCCUCCCAAAUUUCCCUUCAUUUUUACACACACUAGUCAAUCUAAAAUCAAUUUUAGAAAACAGUCAGUUUACACAAACUCUAUAGCACCUGUACAAAAAGAAUAUUGGCAAUUUUUCUUCAUUUUGGAUCACUUUAGGAAGAAUCAUCAAACUCUAGGGUAACAGAAUAACAUUUACAGUCAGCUGUAUAUUGCUCUCAAACAUCAAAACUGCUCCAGUUUAACCCGAACAGUAUGUUAGGGUUAACCUAAAAAGUGCAAGAACAGAUAAACAGAAGUACAGUCUACAUAAUUCAACAUUUCUGAUGAACGUGCAUCAUCUACCUUCCCACCUUUCAGAAUAUUUCCCAAAGGAUCAAAUCAAAUAUGCCUUAUUAGCUGAUAAUGACAAUCACUCGCACACGUGCUGGCUGCGUCUGUGCACUUGCUGCGCCCCCCCCCCCCAACUCCAACUCCCACCCCCUUGCUGCUCAUCCUGCGAGUUGGAGGUGGGAUGCUCUCAGGCAGCUCUCGGCAGUCUGCGCCUCGCCUCCAACAUGAGGCACGCACUGCUGCUACUUGGCCUCACCCCCCUUCAAGAGAGCAAAGAAAAAGCCACGUCACCGAUAGGUUGACAUCCAUCCCAGCCGCCCCUCCCCUCCUACUUGGAUCGUCAUCGCGGUCAACUGCUGAAGCCAGGCGUGCUGCAAACAGGUGUUCGCCGGUGCGGCUGCACGUUGGAGCCUCGCUGGGCAGGAGAGCGCGUGCAGCUGCAGGAUGAUGCGAAGGAGCUUCAGAGAACAUUUGCGGAGAAAAUGAUGUGGCUGGAGGGAGAAAGUCUUUGUCAGGAUCUACUAUGGAACGCUUUCUAGGAGAAGUCAAUUCCUGACUUGUAUAUUUUCCGUUUUGAUCCGGAUCUCAUUUGACUGUCUGAAGCUGCUUCACUGAUAUUUAUUAAGCAAGCAGUGGGACCACCAUCCCCGCUUGUGACUUGGACUCAAGACAAGAGCUGGUGUGUGUUAUCAUCCGGCUGCCAAAGUGGCAAUGGCCGCAGCCAUCGCCAGCUCCCUCAUUAGGCAGAAAAGGCAGGCGAGGGAGCGGGAAAAGUCUAACGCCUGCCGCUGUGUCAGCAGCCCCAAUAAGAGCAAAGGAAGCGGCGACAAGCCCAGCCGACUCAACGUGUUCUCGCGGGUCAAACUCUUCGGAUCCAAGAAGAGACGCAGGAGACGGCCAGAGCCCCAGCUGAAGGGGAUCGUGACCAAGCUGUACAGUCGACAGGGUUUCCACCUGCAGCUGCAGGCAGACGGAACCAUUGAUGGAACCAAGGAGGAGGACAACGGCUACACGAUGUUCAACCUUAUCCCUGUCGGCCUGCGAGUGGUGGCCAUCCAGGGGGUGCAGACCAAACUCUACCUGGCUAUGAACAGUGAGGGCUACCUGUACACUUCGGAACACUUCACGCCGGAAUGCAAAUUCAAGGAGUCGGUGUUCGAGAACUACUACGUGACGUACUCCUCCAUGAUAUACCGUCAGCAGCAGUCAGGCAGGGGCUGGUACCUUGGUCUGAACAAGGAGGGAGAGAUUAUGAAGGGCAACCACGUCAAGAAGAACAAGCCGGCGGCCCACUUCCUUCCAAAACCUCUGAAAGUGGCCAUGUACCGAGAGCCGUCCCUCCAUGACCUGACGGAAUUCUCCCGCUCCGGUAGCGGCACGCCCACCAAGAGUCGGAGUGCCUCGGCGAUGCUGAACGGCGGCAAAGCUGUGAGCCAGAACGAGUCGACGUAGCGCCGCCCGCCGGACUCCCACCUUGAAACCUUACCUCCAGCAGAGCGUGAAUCCGAGCAGACCCUCUCCUUGUAUCAGCGGUUCGGCACUUGCUGCAACAUACCACACAUUAACACCUAGAAAACAUCAAUAACUAUAAUUAAAAAACACACACACACUUAGCGGCAUUUAUCAUGGUUUCCAACACUUUUAACAACAGCAUUAAUAGAAAGACGUCAUGGCACAUUCACCAUUCUGAACACUUUGGGGCUAAUUUAUUAUCGAUUUACUCACCACUUAGCUCAUUUAUUUUUGUCUCAUUUUCCUGCGCGCACCAUAACAUCUCUGAGCUCAUGUAGGCUACAAGCACUUGUGCGUCCGUCAGACAAGGGACAGGCAGCGAGCGGUCAUUCAGGGGAACCUUCGGGGCUGCCGGCGUACAGUCCGAGUCCUGAUCUCUCUCAUAUCCAUGCUUCUGUGAAUACAAAGCCUAUAAACUCCCUGGCCCGGCCCGACCCGGUUCUGCCGGUUACUCGAGGCGUCGGCCAGACAGUAGCUCUCCUUGCGUCCUUGUGCACAUGCUCAGAGACUGAGCUCUCUAGCAUGGGGGGGGAAACCCAAACGUACGCUCGGCUGACCUGACAUGCGAGAUCCGAGCGUGGAGGCUUUUAACUUUCCCUUCUUUUUCCAAGACGCCACAGCUGCCCUUUUUUCUGGCUAAUUCCACAAUUAGCCAAGAACGUUUCAUUUGUUUUGACUGAUUUUUUUUUUCGUUUGUUUGUACCCUCUCGUUGUCCCGCCCUCGCCAUUGCUCAGUAGUUUAGUCGCACCGUUGAAAGGACUCCAGCAAACCAAAGACUGAACGAAAGAGUGUCCCUUUAAGAUGACGGAGCCAAUAUGAAGGCAAAGCUGGAUUUAUUUUUUUCUUCCUCAGUGUACUUUUUUUUUUUUUUGGGACUAGUGCAAACAUGGCAAAGGAAAAUGAUGAUGUCAGUCACACUGGAGUGGUCAAUGUUUUUCGAGAGGUUCCGCUCGUCAGCCGAGGUAUGAAACGAUAUUUCGGUGUGUCCCCGCGCCUUUCCCUCUCUCUUGUUCUGUCACAAAGUCUGUCUCUGGUUCUCGUGGUCUGUUUCCUCCGUGCUCGUGUCAUAACUCAAACCUCCUCCCGUCAUCCUUUUUGGUCAACUUCUUCUGGCUGAAAUAUGGCUUCCCCGGGAUGCUCGUUAUAUGUUUGAGUAACUUGUUGUGGUGAUGAUAUUUUCUAUAUUUAAAACAAACAAACAAAAAAAGAAUACUGUGGACUUUUAGGUGGCUUAACAUUUUAUAGGGAUGUCAUAUUUGUAAAAGUAUACGAAAAGAAACUGGGUGGCGGGCUUCAUAUAUUGACUUCUUCCCUCUCUUGCACAGGGCAUGUAAAAAAAAAAAAAAAAAAAAAAGGACCUUUUUGAGUCCGUUGAAGCUACGUAUGACUUUUUUUUUUGCCGGUACUUGCUUUUUGCGGGACUUCCUGUUCUCGGUUCCCUUGAGGUGGUUUGUACGAGGUGAGUCUGUUGCAUGGGAGAACGCAGGGGACUUCUGGUCUAGAGCUGCAUGAUGUAGGCUGUAUGUAAUUAAACCCAUGUUGGAUCCUAUGUUCCACGCUACCAGGAUAAAAACGUAAAACAACAAUGAUGCAGGCAGACCUCCAGACUGCCUGAUGACUUCCAGUUGUUUCUUAUUUGUUGUAUACACAAAAAUGCACUGAAUAAAAAGUUUAUAUGAAGAUAUCCUUUU